GUGAAGACUGAAGAAACAUUCAGAGUCAAACAUGAAGAGACUGAGACACACACAGACCUGAUGGCACUGAAAGAAGAGAGUCAAGAACUGAAUGAAAUGGAAGAGAAAAACUUCAUGGCUGGUGAAGAAUCUUUUAGUUACUCACAGACCCAUAUAACAGAAGCUAGAAAUCUUAAUACCCACAUGACAAUCCACACUGCAGGGGAGCUUUACACCUGCAAACUGUGUGGGAAGAGUUUCUCACUGAAAGGAAAUCUUAAGACUCACAUGAGAAUUCACACCGGAGAGAAGCCAUUCAAAUGCUCUCAGUGCGAAAAGAGUUUUACACAGAAUAAAACCCUUACAGUCCACAUGAGGGUUCACACUGGAGAGAAACCUUACACCUGCAAACCAUGUGGGCAGAGUUUCACUCAAAAACAAGGCCUUGAAGGCCACUUGAAAAUCCACACUGGAGAGAAUCUGUUCACAUGCACUCAGUGUGGAAAGAGUUUUACGCAGAAAAAAAACCUUGAUACCCACAUGAGAAAUCACAGUGGAAAGAAGCCUUACACCUGCAAACUGUGUGGGAAGAGCUUCUCACUAAACGGACAACUUAGGACUCACAUGAAAAUUCACACAGCAGAGAAACCGUUCACAUGCUCUCAGUGUGGAAGAGUUUUUAAGAGAAAAGAGGGUCUUAAUGUCCACAUGAGAAUUCACACUGGAGAAAAGCCGUUCGUCUGCUCUCAGUGUGGAAAGAGUUUUAAACAGAAAAGAGAUCUUAAUGGCCACAUGACAAAUCACACUGGAGAAAAGCCUUACGAAUGCAAACUGUGCGGGAAGAGCUUCAUGCAAAAAGAAAAUUUUAAGACUCACAUGAGAAUUCACACUGGAGAGAAUCCAUUUGUUUGUGAUCAGUGUGGAAAGAGCUUCAGAUGUAGAGAAUACCUCAAUCAUCACAUGAGGAUUCACUCAGGAGAGGACUGUUUUAUAUGUCAUCAGUGCGAAAGGAGUUUCACAGACAGGAAUCAACUUGAGAAUCAUGUAAAAAUUCACAUCGGGGAGAAGCCUUACGUGUGUCAUCAGUGUGGAAUGAGUUUCACAAACAGAGCAAACCUGGAGGAUCACAUGAGAAUUCACUCUGGAGAGACGCCUUUCACCUGUAAACUGUGUGGAAAGAGCUUCACAAUGAAAGGAGACCUUAAUAUUCACAUGAAAGUUCACUCUGGAGAGCAGCCUUACAAGUGUCAUCAGUGUGGAAAGAGUUUCACAGACAGGAAUCACCUCGAGAGUCAUGUGAAAGUUCACAUUGGGGAGAAGCCUUUCUUGUGCCCUCACUGUGGAAAGGGCUUCACAUACAGAGCAAACCUUGAGUAUCACUUAAGAAUUCACACUGGAGAGAAGCCUUGCACCUGCCCUCAGUGUGGAAGGAGCUUCACGGUUAAAGGAAACCUUAAGCUGCACAUGAGAGUUCACACUGGAGAGAAACCUUACAAGUGUCUUCAGUGUGAAAAGAGUUUCACAAUUAAAGGAAACCUUAAGAUUCACAUGAGAGUUCACACUGGAGAGAAACCUUACAAGUGUGUUCAGUGUGACAUGAGUUUCACAUAUCACAUAAGCCUGAAACAGCAUUUGCAAAAUCAUUGUGAAAAGAAUUUCUCGUUUUCCUUUGUGUGACAAAAGGUUUAGAAAAAAGGAGUACUUUUUAGCAACCAUCUGGUUGCAUUCACACUGGGGAAAGACAAUUUAAUUGUGAUCAAUGCAAUAAAAGCAACACACUUAUCCAUAUGCAAAGUCAUGUAAAUGUGAGAGCCUGUGUAAUUAGUAUGACAAUAGAAAAUGCAUAUGCUUGAAAUCAACCGCAGCUGAAUGUGAGCUUGAUUGUCCACCUUAUUGACCACUUAUUUAUUUGCAUUAUUGUAUAGUUAUAUACUACAUCUCUUUAUACAGACUUUAUCUUGAGCCUUAUUAUUUUCUUUUGAGCAUGUUUACUGCAGUAAGAACACCUGACCAUCUUCUUUGCUAUAGUUUCAAAUUUUAUAUGGUUAAGGUAGACACCUUUUAAUUUUGAUUAUGUAGAGGUGUUGCUAAUUGUCAUAAAUGUUGGUCAGCUUUUCUGCAAUGUCUUUGUGGGGUGUUUUGAAUGUGCUGUAAAAGAGGGAUGUUUCUGGGGAUGGCUCCAGUCGGGGACAAAACAACAAAAACCAGUUAAAGUAUUUUCCACACAAAAAGAGGCACCUCUUACCCCAUGGCUUACUCACCCUCAAGCCAUCCUAGGUGUAUAUGACUUUCUUCUUACAGACGAAUACAAUCAGAGUUCGGCUCUCCCAAGCUUUAUAAUGGCAGUGUAUAGUGUUCCAGAUAAUGUGUGUCCAUCCAUCAUAAAAAGUACUCCACGUGGCUCCAGGGAGUUAAUAUAGGCCUCCUGAAGCUAAUUUAUGUAUUUGUGUAAGAAAACAUAUCCAUAUUUACAUCUUUAUAAACCAUGAUCUCCAGCUUCCACUAUCAAUGCUCCACACGGAUUGAUUGAGUGCAGUAUGGAGUACCACAAGGCUCAGUACUAGGACUGUUGCUUUUCACGUUACCCUUGGGAGAUAUCAUCAGGGAACACGGUUUUAGCUUUAGCUGUUAUGCUAAUGAUACUCAACUCUAUAUUUCUUUGCAGCCCGACAAAGCAUACCAAUUUGCAAAACUAACUUAUGCAUAGUUGAUAUAAAAAACUGGAUGAUUAGUAAUUUCCUGCUGUUAAAUUCUGAAGAAACAGAGGUGGUAAUUAUUGGAUCAAAAACAUUUGUGUCAUAAAUCCGACCUACGAACUUCUGUUUAUUCACCACCAGAGGUCAUUAUCCACCACACAGACUCACACUACACACUAUACCCAGGACUACAUAUUCCACAAUCCAUUGCACUAAUGACACACAGCUGCAAUCAAUCAGACUCCCUAUAUACAGUAGGUGGACAACCAGAAUGGGUAAUUACUGCCGCCGCAGGGCCGCAGCGAUAACUACAAGUCAGUAACAUGUUAAAAUCAUUCGUGAAACUGCCGCCAGGUGGCGCAAAGGGACGGAUUGUGAACUGAAUGUAAUUGUAAAAUGUUGGUUUGUAAAUGAAGAUGAAAGGAGGAAG